GACAGGACGCCCAAGGAGCAAUGUCUGUAUGACUCAAUUAAUAUUCAUAAUCUGUAUGUUCUCCAGAGCAUGAUUUGUUUUUAUUUCACAGUGGCAUAGAUUUGGAUGCUUUCUCUGUUGACUUGUUUAGAAAAGAAUCCGAUUUACUAAAAUAUACAGUUUGCGUUUAUUUUGUACAAUGGUCAUGUAUUAUAUGACUUGUUUAUGGUAUUUUUCAGGACAGAGUGCCAUGAUCCUCAUUUCUGGCUGUCACUCAGUUCAAGGUUCCUUGGCUCCACAUUUCGGUUUGAUGUCCAAGGAGGCUCUGAGGUCCGUAAAGUUUCUGGUCAGUGGGCAGCAGAGUGUGGUUACACCAUUGGGUUUGACUCCUGGGGUGACCUGCUACUGUGUGUGUGCUACUUGGCCUGUCUGGUGGAGAACCAGGUGUCUGUGCUUAAACAGUUGCCUACAGAUAUUCACAUAGGCAUGGAGUGGGUAACCCCGGCCGCUGUGGAUGAGCUGGAUGAGGGUUUGAGGGAGUGGAGAGUGGUAUUCCGUAUCCAAGAGCUCCAUCAGGAGGGUGGCAUGAGCGAGGAAACUGUAAGAAUGGCACUUAAAUUCUCUGAAAAUGACGUUAGGUUUAUCUGUACUGUUGCAGGCUGGGGUGGAAUUGGUCAGUGCCACCAUCAUGUACAAGAUAAAACAGACCCUGUUGACUGUGGAUGUGUCUGUGGCCUGCACCAUAAUGACUGUGCCCUCACAGGGGAGAUUUUCAGUAUCUUUGUGCUGUUUCUCGCAUGAUGUUUCUCUGGGGAAUGUGACAGUAGCAGGUCAGCCAGUGGUUUGGGAGGAAAUGGAGAGGAACGGAGUCCGUCUUUCUCCGGACCCUCUCCCCAACAACACGUACGCCUAACUGCUUCAAAUCCUCUUCAAAUCCACAAUGUCUCCCAGAAGUAUUUGAGAGACAGGUUGAGGCGGUACAAUCUCUCAGUGGUCUUCUCUUUCAUUGUGUCUCCUGAUGGAGUGAUCUACGACCAUCUUGCUACUGGUGAGGCUGACCUGCAGGAUGUGGUAUGAUGGUGAUCAUGUCAUCUACAGGAAUGAGGUGAAAAACAUGCCCCCUUUUCCUCCCCACCUGAGACCACUCAGCCAACCACAACCACACUACAGGUUCAGAGUCCCCCUCGGCUGUGUUCAUGUGCUGAUGUUGCCAUCUACCUGCCACCUCUACCUCUAAAACACACACACAAAACAGCCUCACACACAGGGCAUCUUGAGGACAGAGACUGGAGUAAUGACUGCUAAAAAUAAGAGUUUUAACAUCAAAAUGUAAAUGUAAAUGUCAUUUUAAUAUAAAAAUGUGUAAUAAAAGUUAUUUCAAACAGUAAUAAUAAUUGGCAGCAUUACUAAUGUUUCUUUCAAAAACAAAAAUGUCUUUUAAACAGUAGUGUAGUUGUCUAUAUAGUUGUCCUUGUAUCCUUAAAUAAUUAUAGUUAUACACAAAAUAAUGGCUUCAAUGGCAAAAAGAGAAAAAAAAAAAAAAGAAAAAAAAAAGUAUAUUUAUUGUAUUUAUUGAAAAGGGUUUGUACUGAUUUUGGAUUCCAUAUGCCAGUUGGUGGAUGACACCCUUAAAAGGUAAUGGUGAUGUGUCUGCACUUAAAGUUUUUUUUAAGUUAUUUAAAGGGAUAGUUCACCCAAAAAUGAAAAUUCACUCAUCAUUUACUCACCUUCAUGCCAUCCCAGAUGUGUAUGACUUUCUACUGUAGAACAUAGACCAAGCUUUUUAGAAGAAUAUCUAAAUGGGUACCAAAAUUUUUAAGCUCCAGAAAGUAGA